AUGCUGCACGAUCUAUGCGCGUGCACUAGCAAUCACUUUCUUACAACCAUUGUUUCGGAACACGCUAGAGAAGCUAAAGAAGGUAAAGAAGGUAAAGAGGCUAAAGAAGUUAAUGAACCUAAAGAAGGUAAAGAAGGUAAAGAAGGUAAAGAAGGUAAAGAAGGUAAAGAAGGUAAAGAAGGUAAAGAAGGUAAAGAAGGUAAAGAAGGUAAAGAAGGUAAAGAAGGUAAAGAAGGUAAAGAAGGUAAAGAAAGUAAAGAAGGUAAAGAAGGUAAAGUAGGUGAAGAAGGUAAAGAAGGUAAAAAAGGUAAAAAAGGUAAAGAAGGUAAAGAAGGUAAAGAUGGUAAAGAAGGUGAAAAUGGUAAAGAAGGUAAAGGUAAAGAAGAUAAAGAAGGUAAAGAAGGUAAAAAGGCAAAGAAUGUAAAGAAGGUAAAGCAGGUAAAGAAGGUAAAAAAGGUAAAGAGGGUAAAGAAGGUAAAGAAGGUAAAGAAGGUAAGGAAGGUAAAGAAGGUAAUGAAGGUAAAGAAGCUAAAGAAGCUAAAGAAGCUAAAGAAGCUAAAAAAGCUAAAGAAGCUAAAGAAGCUAAAGAAGCUAAAGAAGCUAAAGAAGCUAAAGAAGCUAAAGAAGCUAAAGAUGCUAAAGAAGCUAAAGAAGCUAAAGAAGCUGAAGAAGCUAAAGAAGCUAAAGACGCUAAAGAAGCUAAAGAAGCCAAAGAAGCCAAAGAAGCCAAAGAAGCUAAAGAAGCCAAAGAAGCCAAAGAAGCUAAAGAAGCUAAAGAAGCUAAAGAAGCUAAAGAAGCUAAAGAAGCUAAAGAAGCUAAAGAAGCUAAAGAAGCUAAAGAAGCUAAAGAAGCUAAAGAAGCUAAAGAAGCUAAAGAAGCUAAAGAAGCUAAAGAAGCUAAAGAAGCUAAAGAAGCUAAGGAAGCUAAAGAAGCUAAAGAAGCUAAAGCUGCUAAAGAAGCUAAAGAAGCUAAAGAAGCUAAAGAAGCUAAAGAAGCUAAAGGAGCUAAAGAAGCUAAAGAUGCUAAAGAUGCUAAAGAUGCUAAAGAAGCUAAAGAAGCUAAAGAAGCUAGAGAAGCUAAAGCAGCUAGAGAAGCUAAAGAAGGUAAUGAAGCUGAAGAAGCUAAAGAAGCUAAAGAAGCUAAAGAAGCUAAAGAAGCUAAAGAAGCUAAAGAAGCUAAAGAAGCUAAAGAAGCUAAAGAAGCUAAAGAAGCUAAAGAAGCUAAAGAAGCUAAAGAAGCUAAAGAAGCUAAAGAAGCUAAAGAAGCUAAAGAAGCUAAAGAAGCUAAAAAAGCUAAAGCUGCUAAAGCUGCUAAAGAAGCUAAAGCUGCUAAAGAAGCUAAAGAAGCUAAAGAAGCUAAAGAAGCUAAAGAAGCUAAAGAAGCUAAAGAAGCUAAAGAAGCUAAAGAAGCUAAAGAAGCCAAAGAAGCUAAAGAAGCCAAAGAAGCUAAAGAAGCCAAAGAAGCCAAAGAAGCUAAAGAAGCUAAAGAAGCUAAAGAUGCUAAAGAUGCUAAAGAUGCUAAAGAUGCUAAAGAAGCUAAAGAAGCUAGAGAAGCUAAAGAAGGUAAUGAAGCUGAAGAAGCUAAAGAAGCUAAAGAAGCUAAAGAAGCUAAAGAAGCUAAAGCUGCUAAAGUUGCUAAAGAAGCUAAAGAAGCUAAAGAAGCUAAAGAAGCUAAAGAAGCUAAAGAAGCUAAAGAAGCUAAAGAAGCUAAAGAAGCCAAAGAAGCUAAAGAAGCUAAAGGAGCUAAAGAAGCUAAAGAAGCUAAAGAAGCUAAAGAAGCCAAAGAAGCUAAAGAAGCUAAUGAAACUAAAGAAGCUAAAGGAGCUAAAGAAACUAAAGAAGCUACAGAAGCUAAGGAAACUAAAGAAGCUAAAGAAACUAAAGAAGGUAAAAAAGAUAAGAAAGGUACAGGAGGUAAAUAAGGUAAAAGGUAAACAGUAA